AUGGCUAGCUUAGGUUUUGGAAAAACAGGUGUAGAGGUUCGGGAGACUGUGAGGUCCAUGAUACGAGCCAGAAAAAAUAAUGGUAAGACUGAUAGUGAAGAUCAUGUACCACUUCCGCACCGUCAAUGGCUAUAUGGUUUCCUUGCCAGGCAUCCAGAACUUUCCAUACGAUCAACCAUGCCACUAGGUAAAGACAGAGCUCUUGUAUCACCAGGGGCAGUGGAGUUAUGGUUCAACAAGUUUCAACAGACCAUAGAGGCCACUGACCCCACAAUAUUCACCAGCCCUGGGCGUAUAUUCAACGCUGAUGAGACGGGAUUCGCAUUCAACACUAAGACCCGUCAGAUUGUGGCAAGCAAAGGAACCAAAAAUGUGUAUAGUAUCACAUCCAACACCAAAUCACAAGUAUCCGUUCUCGCAUGCUGCAGUGCAGCGGGGCAGUACAUUCCAUCAAUGUUAAUUUAUCCUUACAAGAGGAUCCCUCAGAAAAAUUUGCUAGAAAAAUUUCCAGAUGCCUUACUCCAAGUGUCCGACAACGGUUGGGUAACUUCUGCCAUUUUUUACAGUUGGCUCAGGGACAUCUUUAUCCCAUCUACAAAUAAUCUCCCAAAACCUAUCAUACUCCUUGUCGAUGGCCACCCAAGUCACACAUCCCUUCUUGAGACAUCAGUUAUUUGUUCUGAAAACAAAAUAAUAUUAUACUGCUUGCUCCCACAUGCCAGCCACAUAUGUCAGCCCCUUGACCAGGCAUUUUUUGGAGCCAUCAAAUCUGCGUGGAAAAUUGCAGUUAAAAAACAUGUUUCAAAUGUUGGGGAGGGUGUCAACUUAGAAACUUUUGCUGGAGUAUUUAAGCCACUGUGGGACAGUGUUACUACUCCAGUGUUAGCAUCCAACAGUUUCAGAGCUGCCGGAAUUUGUCCCUUUAACCCAGGCAAAGUAAUAAGUUCCACAAAACUUUUGCCUAGUAAAGUUUAUUUGCAUGAAGAAAAUGCCAUUCAAACAACAGCUUAUGAACCUUCAUCCCCAGUCGAGGCAGAAAUGUCUGUACCAGUACCUUCCAUCGAUGUCGAAGCCUUUUCAUUUCAAGAAUCAGCUUCACCCGACUCACUUGACUGCUCACCUUCCUCCCAGAAAGAAUUCCAUUUAUCGCCAUCUCAUACUGAUGCUAACACAUCUCUAUUGCCUCUAGACAUCUCUCUAGCACUCACACCCUUAAUAUUUCCAGACCCAAAAGGAACGCCUAUAGACAGUACAUGUAUUGUUCAGACAGGUGUCUCUAACACCAGUGCCACCUAUAGCCUACCCAGUUAG